UGAACUUAGCCUGGUAUACAGUGCGAAGGUCGACCCUCAGCAGGCCGAGGGAAGACACCACUCGACUAUCUCCCAUAUUGGAAAUCACCAAAUUACUAGGUUUAGGGGACGCGGUUGCCACAUUGCUAGAGGACCCAGGGCCUGCCAGGUCUACAGACGUGGAGAGAAAAUCAUUCAUGGUUCCAGACCUCGGGGCACCACCACUCAGUGAGAGGAAUGAGAGGUGA